UCGAGGAAUUUUAUUUAUUUAUUUAUUUAUUUGAGUAAAAAGGAUGGUGACUGGUGAGAGUGCAAGGCGCACUAGCAGACAUAUGGGUCCCAUCAUCAUCACACCCUCCACCACCUUCCCCAACCUCCGUUCCCUCCUUUUGCCUCUCCUACACUUCGGUCUCUCUCUAUCUCCACCAAAAUAAGCCUUCUUUUUGUCCCUCUCAAAACUACUUCUUAUUUCUUCACCUGUGCCAAGUCUUUAACUUUCUUGCUUUUCUUAAUUGCUUGUUUGUGAUGGAUGGUGGCUUAGUUUUACUUGGUGGUGGUGGUGGUUCUUCUGGGGUUUCUACAAAUGAAUCAGCAGUGUCUAAAGUGGAGGUUGUUUCUGAGGCAAGUUCAUAUCCAGCUGAGAGUGAGCUGGAGUUAGGCCUGGGACUGAGCCUUGGUGGUCCUGGUGGUGUUACAGGGAAGACAAAGGCCGGUAAUUCUCCAUGGGGUGAGUGUGGUAGAAUCUUGACUGCAAAAGACUUCCCUUCAGUGGCUUCUCAUAGAGCUAAUACUGGUGGUCCUUCUUCUGUUGCUGUUUCUGGGAUCAAGAGAGCUGCUGAGUCUGUCCCCCAUGAAGGUGGAUCUCCAACUGGUGUCAGUCAAGUUGUGGGAUGGCCCCCCAUAAGGGCUUUUAGGAUGAACAGCUUGGUUAACCAAGCAAAGGCUCCAAGAGCUGAAGAGGAAGAGGGAGUUGGUGAAAAAGAUAAACCAAAGGAUGCCUUGAAAAAGAAACCUUACAAUGGCAAGAAAAUCAGUUCUGGUGUUAAUGAAAAAGGCCAUCUUGGGUUUGUUAAGGUGAAUAUGGAUGGACUUCCAAUAGGGAGAAAGGUGGAUUUGAAUGCUCAUUCUUGCUAUGAAGGUUUGGCCCAAGCACUGGAAGAUAUGUUUCUCAGAUCUGCCAACUCAGCUGGUUCAGAGAAGGAACAAGUAACAAAGCCCUCUAAGCUUUUGGAAGGAUCAUCUGAAUUUGUUCUGACCUAUGAAGACAAAGAGGGAGACUGGAUGCUUGUAGGAGAUGUCCCAUGGAGAAUGUUUCUAAGCUCAGUCAGAAGGCUCCGAAUCAUGAGGACCUCUGAGGCAAAUGGACUUGCACCAAGAUUUCAUGAAAGGAAUGAAAAGCAAAGAAACAAGCCCAUUUAGCAUCAUCCCCAUCCGUCAUUGUCAUUUCAAUUGCAUAAAAAGAAAAAAAAAAUUCACAGUUUGAACACAGAAGUUAAAGGAAACUAGAGAAGUUGAUGAAUUGAAGCGUAUUGCCAAGAUUGGUUUCCACUGCUUGUUAAGAGUAUCAAAUCAUUUUAUGGUUCUUGGUGCUUUUUUUUUUUUUUUUUUUGGUUUUGUUAGGCCAUAAUCAAUUUAGUUUUCUCUCUUAUACAGUGCCAUGAUACAGUCCCGCGGCCUUGACUAAAUGCUGUUUUUUAAUACUGUAAAUAUGGGAGUACUCGAAAUCUAGAGUGUUUUGAGCUUUGCUGCAAUCAAGCAGCUCAGUUUUACUUUUGUGAUACAAGAAAUGUUUGUGUGAUUCCGAUGUUAGCGUUUUCAUACUGUUGGUUGGCCAUGUUUUCUUAAUUUGUCAUAGUUUAAUCUAAAGUUCUGAGUGUUUUAUUUUCGGGAACAAGAUCUGAUUAAUUGAAUCUUUUGUGGCUAAAUAUUUGAUCGUUCUAAGCUUCCACACCGCACCUGAAGCUGUUAUUUCAUGGAGGAAUCAAGCACACCUUCGCCCUGAAACAAAUCUCAAGAAAGUUUAGUGCUUAUAACACAAGAAAUAAUGGAAGAAACAUAACAUCAAAACUUGGUGUGUGGCUUCUAAGGACAAAAGCAUCAUGAAUUGUCUUUUACAUCAUGCAAUUUGGCAUGCAACCACCAGCUCAGCUAUUAAUGGAACGUAACUUCAUUGCAACAAUUGGGUAUAAUCUCUACUCGAUUAUGAAACAUGAUAAUACGAUCUUCAAGCCACUUUCAUAUAUAAUGAAAUAACAUGUUAAGACUGUGUGAUCCUUCAAGUCGGGAAAGAAAGAUCAUUAUCUGGGGCAAAUGUAACUCAUUAUCUUGAUGAGAACAGGUUGCAAGUGAUAAAAAAGUAUUCAGAAAGCAAAGUGGAACAGAUGCUAAUAUUUUGACGUUUGUCAAAGAGGAGUACUGUUC